ACCAACGACGAUAUAAUUUACCUCUAACUAAUGAAGUUGCUGCGAUAAUUGUUGGUUCUAACAAUAAACAGUUUCCUUUCCAUCAAUUGGUUGUCUGUUCCUGUGCUUUAGAUUUACAAAUCAUACCAGUUAUUAAUCUAAAUUGUGAUCCUAUGUCUUAUCCACUCCUGUUUCCAUCUGGAGAUAAAGGAUAG